AUGGAAUUCCAGAAACUACUGAGCAUAGGAUUUCUCCUAUGCUCUCUGACUUGCAUCUUGUUGGAGACUGUGGUUUCCUUUUCACCUUUAUCUGCCUUUGAAAUGCAAGACAAAGCAGAAUCUAAACCACGUUCAAGGGAAAACCACAGGUCCUGGCUAGGCAACUUCAGGGAUUAUUUGUGGGAUCUCGUCAAGAGCUCCAUCCCUCCAGCAGCCAUUUUUGCUUUUCUUAUCACCACAGCACUAAUGGCGACCCUCUGCUGCCUCACGUAA